AUGAGAGCUCAGACGUCGGCCAUGCGAGGAGGAUGGGAUUGUGGGAUCCAGGCGACGCUCUUUUUCGCACAAAUCAGGUCCUGUUGUGCUCGGUCCUGCGUCAUCGUACGCGUCCCGCGGGACCUCUCGGGCCGUGUCAGCGCGCUCCUGGACAAGCGCGUCGCGGGGCAUCGGCUAGGGGAGCAAGCACGCGCGAUAUCGAGGAGACGCGACGACGGCAUGUGUACGGUACCCAUCUUACAGGGCUGCCUUCUACGCGACUCCCCUCAAGCCGCUCAUGCAGCGUACGCACUCCCGGACUUUGAUCGUGCUCGUAAAACCGAGGACAAGCUCUAA